GAUUAUACAUUCGGCGCUCUAUAUAUUGGAGUCUUAUUUUCCGCAAUCCUGUUUGGUUUCUCGUGUAUACAGGUCUUCAUCUACUUCCAGACGCAUUGGCACGAUGCAUGGCUCGGUCGCAAAGCAAUAUGCUUAUACCUUUGGGUUGUUGAUGCUUUCCAUCUUGCCAUCAUCUCCCAAGGAUUAUACUACUACCUAGUGACCAGUUACAAUAAUCCCUCAGCGCUCAAUGUAGUCGUAUGGGAAUAUCAGUUACAAAUUGUUAUUACUGUACUUGCUAUGUUGAGCGUUCAUUGUCUCUACGUCCACUACAUUUGGAUCUUGAGCUACAGAAGGAAAAGGUCUAUAUUUACAGUGGUGUCCGUUGUGAUAAUUAUCACUACAGGCAUUUCACUCUUUAUGCAAAUUCGUCAACUUUCAUAAAUACUAGUAAUUCAGGAGAGUUUGCAUUGCCGUUAGCGGUAGGCUCUGUAGCUCUCACGGACUUCCUUAUUGCUAUGUCUAUGUGCUACCUUUUGACUACUUCUAUGACUGGAUUCACAAGCACGGAUAAAAAACUCAGAGCGAUUUCGAUCUAUGUUAUAAGUUCUGGUUGUCUCACUAGCCUCGUCUCCAUCGUUGUGUUUGUCACCUAUGUAGCGAUGCAUAACAUGAUUUAUUUAGCGUCCGUGGUUUUGCUCACGAGACUCUACGUCAACUCCUUUAUGGCAAUGAUGAACGCGGAAUAUUAUCAAAAUGGAAGGGAAGAAUCCACUUCUACGGUGGCAAGGCAAAGUACGUUUGGAGGCGCCCUCCACCACCGAGUGGCGUUCAUAGGAGGAGAUGCGAACGACUCGAAAGAAAGUCAAUCUGAGGAAGCAUCGAGCAGCGUGCCCAGUCGCUACCCUAGGAUUCCAUCGAUUAUAUUUCCUCGGGGUAUCCCGCAGAACGCUCGUCGGGAACCUGUUGAAGUCACGAUAGCACUCGAACACAUAUCACGACAGAUUUGAGUUGGAUGUGCUGGCUUUGUAGCCCUAGGAAAUGUGGAUUACAGUAACGAUACUCUUAUGCACGCUUAAUGUUCUCGAUGACUGCCGCCCUGGUGGCUUUGGAUGUCUCAGUUAGCUUGCUAGUACAAGCCUGCUCCGAUGAACGACGUUUGUUGCCCAAAAUGUACUUACGUUGAAUAAUACUUAUGGUGUAAAGCAUAUCCAUA